UGAAGAGGGCCGGGAUGUGUAUCCCCCACCCCCCGCACAUGAAGCAAGCUAGUGAGUGCUUGCAUGAUCAUAUUCGAACGUAACGAUGGGCCUAUUGCACAACUUUUGAAAAUAUUGCAUCUUGUUUGUACGUUCACACAGCAGCUAGUGUCUUCAAGCACAUUUGGGCCCUGUCUUUGAAGAGUUACAUGUACGAUUGAUCCAAUCAAUCACAACUAUGGACGGCGCCAGCAAUGUCAACAUCUGCAUCGAGUCAACAUGAACGCUCUUGAUAUGUCCAACCGGCGUUACGCAUGUUCCCAAUGCAAUAGGACCUAUAGUCGGAAGUUUGAUAUGCAGAGGCAUGAACAAAAAGCUCACCCUGAUACAGAAGAUGAAGGCAAAAUUGAAUCUUCCGACGCUGAAGAAGGUACAAGUGAGGAUGAUUACUCCGAACCACCCUCUCAAACGGAGGGAGUUGAAGAAUCUAGUGAUUCAGAAAACGAUGGAGAGGAUGAAUCGUCAAUGUCAGAGACAGAUAACAUGGAUGAAAUUGAAGACAACCUUGCUUACCAAGUAUGGUUGGAGCGGGCCAUGACAGCCACCAAGGACCUGAGAGACGAAAAAUAUCAGAAAUAUAUUUCAGAGGGAAUGGAAGAAGAAGACGCUAAAGAAAAAGCGCACGUGAAAUUACUGUGGGCCGUCAAACGCAUCUUUUUCGAUCUUUACUCCAAGUUCUUGCAGCAAAACAUUAGCCUAGGAGAAGCUGACGUCAAUCACGAGAUCAUUUCUGAUCUCAAGGAAAGACUAGAAAAUGGCAUGGAAUUCCAGAAAGCCGUACAAAGAGUCUUAGCCAGGCAUGGUCCACAAUUUGAUGGUUUAUUCCAGUUCCAAGAUGGAGGUGACGAUGACGACGAUGAUGAAGAAACAGAGAGUGAGGAUGGAGUCUACAACUAAAGGCACAACACCACCUAGUCAACAAAAAUAAUCAAAGAACUUGAAAACGCCGUCAACAAAAAUGACAGAUUGAACUCUAUUAUUUAUAUCGUCAAUAUUCAUACCAGCCAUAGGCCUAUACAUGGAUUGUGUUACAG